UGCAGGACAAACAAAAGGGCACCGCGCCACGGAGAGUAACCCGUGACACGGUGGACAACCCCGUCUGACUGUGGAAAUCCCCGUGACGCGAGAUCCCAUUUUUUAUUUUUAUUUUUUUCUGCUGGAAUUAUCAACACGCCACGAUUACAACACAGUGCCACGCGCGGGAAUGCCGCUACGUGGUAGCAGGAUUCGUGGCACGAGAAAGGAAAAGUGUAACGAUUAUUUUUUUGGCUUUAAGUAUCAGUUGCUGCUUCCCAUUUUUGCCAUUUUCAUUCUCAAUUUCCUUAUAUUAUCACCUUUUCUCAAAAAAAUUUCCACUUUGACAUCUCUGACCACCGUGGCACGAAGCCUUGCAUCGACACUCGUUAGGUCCCACAGUGACGCGGCACGAGUCACCGUGACACGGUGUAUGUUCUCGGUGCGCGUGAACUUGUUUUCUCGUAGCUGCUGCUGCCUGAGCUCCGCUACUUCCCAUUGCUGCUGCCUGAGCUCCGCCGCUGUCCAGGGUUCACCGUGACACGGAUACUAGUCACCAUGUCACGACAUCAGCUUCCUGUGCCGCGGUGGUUGCGGUUGUGGUGCUGAACAGUUGCAGCAAUUUUUGGGCUUUUGGAACUCAAUUCUCCACCAAAUUCGCUCCAAUUUUGUGAUUUUUUCCUCAAUUUUCAAAUUUCUUUAAGGAUCUAUCAUGCCUAGACAACGAGAUCGCGGUCUUUCUACUCGUGGCCGACGUCAGGCUUUUCAGGAGGAAACUCCCACAGUUCCUAAGGGCAUGGACGACGAUGCCCUAGAGACCGAGUCUUGUCCUUCUUCGAGUAGGGGCAAGUGGAUUCCACCUCCGUGGACGCCGGAUGAGUUGGUUUUCUGCCGUGAGAACCACGUUUCUCACCGUCCACUUGCCGGCAUAGUCGAUGGCACGCUUCGCCAUCAUGGAUCCGGAGCAAGAGAUUUGAUUCCCCAGUUAUAUGGGAUUAUUAUGAGGGAUCCUAUUACAAACGCCUUGUGGGAGUCUGCUGGUUUAGGAGAUUUCUAUUCGACGGUCGUAGGAUUUCGCAGCCCCCGGGGUUGUGGCCUGACGGUUGUUCAUGCGUUGUUGGUGUAUAUUUGGGAUACCAGCAACACUUUUCACUUUGCUUGGGGGGAGAUGACAGUGACCACGCUAAAUUUUAGCUUGUUCAGCGGUUUACGCUUCACCGAUUGGGUCGUACAACAGAUUCCUGACCUUACUUGGCGGGCGGCUGAGGUAGCAGAUUUGUUAGGACUCAGCCGGUGCCUCGAGGUGGUCCUAAGAGCGGGCGUUCAGAGUUGGAUUUUUUUCUAGCCCCUGGCUUUGACAUGGAUGAGACAUCACCUGAGCAGCGAGUGCGGAUCUUCAUUUUGAUUCUCAUUUUUGUGACUCUUUCUCCUGAUAGGAGUUCAUGUGCGCUCAUUUGCUACCAUCCCUAUUUGGUCAGGAUCGGCGAGAUAUAAUUCUUUAGUUGGGCCAGCCUUUGAUAUGCCGAUCUUCUCUCGUCCCUAUGUCAUGGUUGUAGGCAGCUUAAUGACCAGGCCCCAAUCACUGUCUUCGGUUUAUGGAGAGUCGUAGAGGGAUUGGCCCCUCGAUGGCGUCGUGGAGCGGUCCAUGACUUCCUUGUUGGAGCUAGCUAGCGUGACCGAGGCGAGUCACGAGUGGAAUCCGUCCCUACGCUGCGCGAGCUGCUGCAUCGAGGCACCUUUUCCAUUGGUGUAAGAAUUAAUUUUUCCGUAGGUUAUUCUCUACCUUGAUGUUAUUUUCGGCAUUCAUUGCAACUUUUUAUUGUGUUCAUGUUGUUGUUGAGAUUCAGUAUCGACCUUGUGCUGGGAUGACUAAUCUUCCCAAGGCCUUGCGGCUUUCGCCGUACAAUACUGUUUUUGUUGGUCCUAGAUGCUUUUCUUGGUAUCUUGGGGAGCGUGUUGUUUGACAGCACAGUGCUGAUCGCUUUACGGUGCCCUUGCCUCCACCGGAGUCAAUGUUGGACUCACGUUUGCUUAAAGAGUUAAUAAAUAGGGGAGAGCGCUACACUUUUCUUGGCAGGAGCUUGUGCGUAUGGAGGGAGAUUAUUCGCAGGACUUACUUCCCCUCUUUGGCUCCUCCACCCUAUCUUCCCGAGACGACUGUUCUCCGUAUGGGGAAGAUUGAGGUCCCGUCUCAAUUUGUCUGUUACCCUGGGUCAAUCGAUAUCACUGAGGAUCAUAUUGCUGACGCGCCAGAGGGUUUAAGACAGGCACAUGAGUCUUUGCCUGAUGUGUUUGAGCCGCCUACACACUUGACCGUGAUGGGAUUCAUGAAGCUGGUUGACGCUUUGAAGUACUGCAUCAUCAAGCUUCGACGUGGCGCAAGUUGUCGAGGCGGUUCUGGCGAUGUUCUCAAGGAGCAACGGAGGACUCGCUUGCGCUCGAGCCACAGAGGCUCGGACGAGGGGGAGCCUAGUCGUGGCAGACCAUCUCAUGAGGUUUGUCGGCAUUCUCAGUCUCAGCAGCAGCCUCUGUAUUCUCGGGCGUUUUAGGAGGCUCAGUGGUAGCAGCCUCAGCCUUCUCAACCAUUCCAGCACUUUUAGGGUCAGUGACAGCGACUUUCAUCUUCACAGCCUUCACAUCCUGAGUUUAGGCCAGUCAUUACUCCUGUGGACCAGGGUUUAUACUCAGUUCCAAUGUCUGGGGCGCUUCCUCCACCGGUGCCGGCUUAUUUAAAGUUCCAGUGUCUGGGACGAUGCCUCCACCAACGCUCCAUACCUCUUGGAGUAAGUCUACGCCGUUUGCCAGUCGGACGGGUCCUGCUUUGAGAUUGUCUGCUACUGGAGCUACAAGGACUAGUAGGGAUACUACUCCUCGUACCCGGAUGAUGGAGGGACUCUUUGGUUCAUUGUUCCCGUAUUCACAAGCUGGAUAUGACACUGAUUCUCACUCUUAUAGUUCUAUAGAUUUUUGACCGAGGGUUUUUAUUUUGUACUUUGGUUGAUGACACUUGACACUGUUUAUGCAUCAUGAUUCACUUUGUAUAUAUAUUAUAUUCACAGUUUUUGCAUU